CGCAUCAGUCUGUCUUUGUACUGCUCAGAGGCAACACUUGGCAUGCUUUCACCCAAGAGUCAGCAGCAGAGGUGGUGAAGCAGACCACGUUUUACCUCUUCACCUCCUCCUCCUCUUGACCCCUGUGCUGGGCCUCGUGUGCACUUUCAACUGCAAUGAAAAAAUCCUCACAAUGGUGAAGGACAAGGAAAUCAUCGAAAAGUUUCAAAGAAAAAUUUCAACCAGGAGAAAAUUGGAGUGAGAACAAGAAACCCGAACAUGGCAAAUUGGUUCAAACAUUUGAGACGGUUCAAGACCACGACGCUGCCCCAGUCGUUGGCAAUUCUGCUCCUGCUCGUGGGGCUGCCCAUGAUUGGGUCGAGGUCACUUGGGGGAAAUGUCGUGAGACCUGGAAACGUGGAUGAGGGCAGUGUCGUCCCACUCGACCUGGACACCACCACGAGACUGGGGGACAAUAGUGCUAAUAAACCAAACCAAUUCAACAGUAAUAGCGAACUGGUGGGUGUGGAGGACGACGAUGAUGAUGAUGAGGACGACGACCAAGGUGAAAGUGUGGAGAAAAGUGAUACUGUAAUUAACCAAUUUUCUUCUUUGUCCUCCGCGAGUGGAAGUAGCAGCAGCAGUGGCAGCCCAUGUGCUCUCCUGGUGUCAAACACGGCUGAGAAAGUCGUGUCUUAUGAAGAAAAGUCUCUACUUGCCGUGUCUCAUCACGCCUUUGAUGUAUCUCAUGGAAUUGUUCCCAACGUCUUGUACACAGUGGACGUGGAGGUGCCUGGAGGGAGCCUGUUUCGUCUGGACUACUGGGGAAACGAUGUGUCGGACGGGGAGAGGUCUCGCGUGGUGGGGAAGAGGAGACAUCAAAGGGAUCGAGAUGUCCUUGAACUUUUCUUCAACGACCCCUCGUCAUCCACUCGAAACGCGCCUGAUGACCCCGACUCCGUGGCCUUUUGCUCGAAGCACUCUCUCGGAGGAGCUAACAAGGAGGGUCAGAAGCCCUUAAUCCUCUCGUUCUCUUGGUACAUUAGCGGAAAUGGCGUCGUCUCACCACUGCCAACCAGCGGCCCUCCCCCGACCAUCGUAUUUAGGUUAAGGUUUACGCCAAUCGCUGAAAGUGUUUCGAGUAUUUUUGAGCAAACUUUGCACGUUGCCGUUCGACGAGAUUGCUUCCUUGUCAUGAAAAUUGGUGGAAGAACAACUCUGAGCAUGGAUUCGCUAUGGAACGCUCACCCAUCGGUUAAAACGGAAGGUCUCAAUUGCACCGUGCUCCUGCUUCCUAGACCUACAUUUGGGCUGGAAGUUCGCAUUACAAAUUUGAGCAUUUAUGGAAUGCGGGACAUUUGCAAAGGCCGCUAUUUAACAUUUUCGCGAACAAUGCAGACCUCCAAGUCCAAUUCAGACUAUUCUGAUUCUUCGAGUGCCCCUGAACUCCAGAACGAGUUCCCCACCUACACUCACCAACUUUCUCCGCUGGGUCGCAAAUUCUGUGGAAAGCUGCAGGAUUACUCGGCAGAAGAGCGUUUACUGACAUUUAAAGCCGGUGGUGGUGGUGGUGAAACACAAUCUCAGUCAAUCCCCGUAGCAGUACAACCACAAAAUAAACUAGGCGAAUCCCCACCCUAUUCAUUUUCCAACCCCCAUGGUGAAAGUACAAAGAACGGCAGUGAUGCUGGUGGAGAUGGCGAUAUGAAUCCGAAUGUGAAUGAAAAUAAUGACAACGUUUUAAAGACCAGCUCAGACGGGCUGCUUCUCAGAGUGAGUCUCCCCGGCUCCGUGAAGAACAAGGAGACGUUCACUCUGGACAUUAAUUCCUUAAGCCCCUGCCAACGAGUGGUGUUGAGGGAUUUGAAUGGUGGGCUGAGGUACUCCAAGGGGCCCACUCUCGAGGACUCCAGUGACCAGGACGCCAACGAGUGUUCCAUUGUAAUUCAUGUUCCAUAUGGGAAUAGGAUUAUUACGAGAAUGUCGUUGACGAAACGACCUGUCCUCCCCGAUGACGAUGAAAUCGACCAAGAAGAGUCGGAGCCUGUGGACGGAAAAAGUGAAAGUGAUGCUGAGUUUGCUCCUAAUAAAAAUCCAAAUAAUCUCAACAAUAGUUUUUACUACAAACAGCAAAUUUACAAUAACAUUAACAACAAUAAUAAUGCAAGUGCCGGUGACUCGGAUGGGAGCAGUUUCUCUAAAUUAAUGAGGACUACAAAAAGCUAUGAAUGUCCGCCUAAUUUUGCACCAUCGUCGACAACUUCUCCGAACCAUCCCAUGUUCAUGUUGAUAAGGGCAGAGGACAUUGAGAGUGGUUCCGAGUUUGAGUGGUGCUUCGACGGGAGCUCAGACUCGUCCGCCCAGCACAAAAGAGCGUGGAAAUCUUCGGGAAACAAAGUGAAGAUCAGUUUCGAGCUCAAAUACUUUUCCGUGUUUCAUUUGACAUAUCAAAGCGUUCCGAUUGAGGAGCUGGUGGGGAAUUGUGACCCUGGCUGGGUCGCACUCAACCCAGGGCGUUGUGCCAUUUUAGUGGAAAGUGGCAGCAAUUGGCCUGCCGCUGAGGAGAGUUGUCAGAUGAAAGGUGGACAUUUGGCCACCAUUGAAGAUGACGAUGUUGGCCAUAAAUUUCAAAAAAUUAUCACAGAAAGUGCAUUAUUUCACCCAAGACGAGCUUAUUGGAUUGGAGCAAACGACCGGGAGUCAGAAGGGAACUUUCAGUGGACAAGUGGUCUUCCAUUUUCGUACAAAAAUUGGUUCGUGGGCUGGGCCCAGAGACGCCACGAGAUUUCGAAUGCUCAACCGAACGAUGAUGGAUGGAGUGGACAGGACUGUGUCGAAAUUCGGCAGGUGCUGAACCCUUCUACCCCGUACUCAGAGAAGCCUCUAUCAUCCCAAUUUUGGAGCACAAUUUCUUUGGCCACUAAAUCGAAAGGCCAAACGCAGUCAAAUCAUCAAAAUCAAGUUCAUACUGCUAAUUUCUGGCCACAAUCCAGAUUUUUCUGGAAUGAUCGGAAUUGUGAAGCCAAAAACUUUUACAUUUGCGAAAAACUUACGCACAAAGAUUACGACGAAAAAGACUACUCGUGCAACAAAACGUUGGAGCUGAGUCCGGGAACUGUGUUGACACUGACGAGCCCCGCUUAUCCCAUGUCCUAUCCGGACAACAUUGUUUGCCUUACGACGAUUGCGGCCGUUGCAGGAUAUCGGAUAGUCUUGUCCUUUGAUGAGUUUGUCCUCGAGGAAUCGCCAAGCUGCGGAUAUGACUCUCUGGAAAUUAAGGAAAUCCUUCACGAGCCGAUCGACCAAAACAACAAAACCAAAAAUCUCUCGCAAUUGGACACCAGCAUUUUAUCCAAGCGAGUUUGUGGGGAUUGGACCAAGCGACUAAAGCUACUCCGAUAUAAAACUACCUCAAGUACGAGUUCUCUCAGUUUGAGACUCGAAUCUGACUUUUCACAUCAUUUCGCCGGGUUUAAGGCCAACGUUUGGACAGAAAAAGAUGUGUCCGGACAAUGCAGCGACCAACAAAUGAAGAAAUUCAAGUCCCAUUGUUAUCUCACCACGUCCUCCCCCGCUGUGAGCUGGGCCAAUGCUCAACAAAUCUGCACUGCUCUCCAGGGAAAAUUGGCGAGCGUGGUGUCGACCGAGGAAUGGAAAUUUCUUGCCCAGAGCCUCCCAGCCACUUCCCGGUUCGAUAAGAACAAGUCUACUUUUUGGAUUGGAGGGAUGAUCGACCGCAGCAGCCAGCUCGUCUGGUCAGAUCGUAUGCCAUUCAACUUUUCAGCCUUUCAUUCCUCCGACCUGCAAACCAUCUCGGAUUGGAAAUGUCUCAGCAUUUAUUGGCAUGAGUGGGGAAGAGGGGACUUUGCCUGGAGACUUGCAGACUGCAACCAGUUGUCCGGCUACGUUUGCAAAAAGAAGAGCUACGAUGAGGGAGAGACGAUUCAAGCCGUAAACAAAACAUUCUCUGGAACCGGAGGAAAGCUGCCUUCUCCCAAUUUCCCAUCCAACUACCAGAACAAUUUGGACUACGGGUACCACUUGAUUGCUCCUCCUGGAACACAAAUUGUCCUCAGAUUCUCUCACCUGGACGUUGAGGAUCAGGAGGACUGUUUAUACGACUACGUGGAAAUCGUGGACAAAAAGACAGCAAAUGCCACGCGCUACUGUGGCACCUACUCCACUGCGGAUUUGGAAAGACUGGACUACGUCUCAUCGUCAAAUGAGCUGGACGUAUUUUUCCACGCCGACUUUUCCCACAGUGGAACAGGGUUCGAGAUUGCUUGGCGAGCUGUUGAUGUUGCGAGUUGUCUUUCGGGAAGGACGAUUUUGGCAGGGCUGGGAGGAAACGGAUUCCCAAUUCAAGAUGCCAUGAUCCACUCGCCAAACUUUCCUCAUUUCAAUCUCCCAAAUCUCAACUGUGCAUACACCAUCGUAGCGCCAGUGGGACAGAGGAUAUGGCUGAGUUUCCAGAUAUUCGAGCUUGGGCAUCUCAACGCUGCGAGCGACACUUCUUGUCACCUGCAAGACCACGUCGUUGUGGAUCUCGACGGAGGUGUUCGCGAGGAUGGAGACUCCUCGGCCGACAAUGAGAUUAUUCUCUGCGGAAAUCUCACCGCCUUUUCGUACAGGACAUCGUUCAUGUCAAUCCGAGAGAAGAUCAAAAUUAACGUUGUUUCGCCGAUUGGAAAAUCCGGGCGUGGAUUUCUCGGGAGAUUCAAAGCCGUUCCUGGUCAACUGGAGGAGACGUUGAACGUGGCGACGCCUGCAAAUUCAUCAGUAUCUCUGACGUCGAUAAAUUUCCCACUGAUUCCGCCCGAGAAUACAAAUAUUACGUUGGCCUUGUCAUCUCCGCCCAAUUAUGUGCUAACGCUAAAUAUUAAUGGGACGAGUAGUUGUUCCAAGACGGCGAAAUCAUAUCUGGAGAUCCGAGACCCUUACCAUGGGACCAAUGGGACGACGUGGAAACUAUGUCAAUCGGUCCAAGUGGCGACGUUGAGUUCGACGAUCGUGCCCAAGUCAUCGGGGCGGAUGAGAGAUGGUCUUAACCUUGUUAAGACCAUCUCGCCUGUGACGACGACGAGUAACGAGAAUGGUGAUAGUAAUGUUAACAAUAAAGUGGGAUAUAAAGAGAUUUCCCAGGGGAUCACUCAAAUGAACACGGCCAUCUCCUUCCGAUCCACCUUCAAUCGCUUGGAUGUGCGGCAAGUCUACUCGCCUGGCUUCCGAGGACGGAUGUGGAGUGCACGUAUUGUGACGAUGUUGGACGAGAACUUUCGAGCCAAAGUUUUAGCGGAUGGAGAUCGACUCCUCAAAUUGGAUGGCUGCAUGAAUAACCCGUGUGCUAAUGGGGGCAGUUGCAUAUCUGAAAAUGGAAAACACCACAUUUGUCGUUGCACAGCUCCAUUUACAGGUCCAUUUUGUGGGCUCAGUCUUUGCGACUUAAACCCGUGUCUAUUUGGGGACUGUAUUUUAGGGGAAAAGUCAAUCAAGUGUGUGUGCCAGUUGGGCUACGGCGGAGAAAGAUGUGACCGUCGAAUGAAACCUUGUGAUGACAAUCCAUGCUCCGGUCAUGGCUCCUGCGUGGAAACGAACAAGACUGCGUACAAAUGCAUGUGCUAUGCUUGGUGGGAAGGUCCGCAGUGCGAGUCUCGCAUGUUGGUGAUCCCCUUCAAGCCCUUGUCGCAGCGCGUGUUUGAGGAGCCGUUUUGGCUGGGACUGCUCACGGUGACGGGGGUGUUGGGUGUAAUUGGUCUCAUCUGGUGUCUUAAACGCCAUUUUCCCGAGAAACUGGAGAAGCUGUUGAACGAGGAUCUGGACAAGAAUAGAGGAAUCUCGUGGGUCUCCUCUGGACGCUCUCCAUCUUUUCGGGUAGGUGGGGGUGCCUCAGUUCGUGAACCAAUUCCAGGUACGUCGCAACAACAGGCGGUCAGCCCUCCAGCGUCCAGGUCAUUUCUUGGCAGGAUUGGUAUUCGCAAACCCUCGCUCCUCUCACUCUCCUCCGCCACCUCCAACGUUUCCGGAACUGGGGCCAGCCCACACUCGUAUGAGAACAGAACGUUCAGCCUCGACGACCUCCUUCGUCCGUCCCGGAGCAUGAUGAGAACCCCAAGUCCUCACCGACGACGAAAUUACUCUGUUCAAGUGCGACGUGAUCCGGCCGAGAAGCAAUUGAUCCUUCAGCAACUGGUUUCAGGAGGGGGGAGCUCAUCCCUGGACGGAGAAAGCAAACCAGCCCCGACUCCGAAACCCACGCUGGCAGAAAUCAUACAAAUGAGCGAGAGACGACUUCGCCUGGCCUCUGCCUCGUCCAUGCAAAGUGAAGCAGGGUCCGUCAGUGGAGGGGGUGAACCCUGCACAUCGAGACAGGCAGGGGCCGACGAGGAGGAGACCAGCUUCUCCACACAGGCAGCAAUCAAGGCCGAGAAGAAAGUUACGUUUGCACGGAUGUUGGACAAACUCGCUGCUUCAGGAAUCACUUCGUCCUCAUCGGGUUCAGACCUCAGUUGCACGGAGGAGACGAAAAUGGUGGUGGUUGCUCCGAAACCACAAUCAAAGAAGGACAGGAAGGGUCAUUUUCGCCGAAGCAAUAAGGCUUACAACCGGGGAAGGAACAGUGAGACGGAUCAGGACUACAUGGACAUCUCCUCAUCAGAUACAACUCCCGAUCCAAUUUAUAUUCCCAAACUUCCAACUCGAUUAUGUAUAAGUCCCACCGGAGCGAGCAACUCUGCCGGAGGUUCAAGCAACGCUCUGGGAAAGCCGAGUCAGAAAAUCCCAAAAAUUGCUAGUGCAGACUCACUGCUGGCUUUAUUCAAAAGAUUUUCGGGGUCCAAUUCUGCGCCCCCCAGUCCGCAGUAUUCGGAGAACGAGGAAUCUUCAGCAGGAGCAACACCGCUGUCAACUCCCAGUUCUCCGAGAAACUCGCUGUUAUCAAUUAGACCUCCAGCCUUGAUGAUCACAUCAGUUCCGGAACCAAACAACACAAUCGAGUUGCCCGUGAUUGACCCAUUUGCUCAAAACCAAGGAUGCUGGAGAGCACCGCCAGCCUCCAGCAUCACGUUGGAAGUACCGAUGCGAGACUACUGCUUAUCUCCAAUCCACGAAGUGCCAACGCCGUUGGGAACACCAUCGCAUUCACCUUGUCACACACCAAUGAUGAAGAGAAUGUCCGCCGACGAGAACCUCCCCUCCAUUAAAAUCCUCAUGAGCUCGGAGGAUGAUGACACGACGCGAAGCUCUUCUUCAAAGAAAGACUCACCUCCGCCAAGAAUGUUGCGAAUCCCAAUCAUUUCUAUAUCAGUUGACGAUGCUGCUGAAGAUGGAGGGACGGAGAUCGAUACUCUCAACAUGAUUGAGGGUGACCCUGAUGGAAACAAUAGGGAAGAGGAAAAGAAAGCACAGAGCAAACUGUUUUACAACAGCCUAACCGGUGAGUCGGAAGUGAUUCCAGACGUGUUGAUCCAUGUUCCGCCAGAACGAUGUUCGGAAAGCCAGCCUGAUCUUGAGUCCCCUGUCAGGGACGUGGAAACGCCACUCACCUCGCCACGUGUAAAAACCAGACCCCCACCUCUCAUUUUUGCCAAUGAAAUUCUCAGCUGCAGCAACAAGGGGCCUGGCGACGAUGAUCGAAACGUCAAAAUUGUCGUUCCUUUUGUCAACAUUGAAUAUGCAACUCCUGUCGCAGAAUACCUGCCCAAGUUUCCAUCCAUUAUUACAGGUGGUCCAAAGAUGGACUGUGAGGAGGAGGACGCUUCACAUCACUCACUCUGCAAAACACUACCAGAAAUGAUUCCAAGCAUAAUAUUCGAACAUUCUGCGAAGGAAAACCCGUUGGUCCCUCCAACCAUCACGAUAAAUCAGAGUUCAGAGGCUGAGUCGUCCAGCGACGACACGCCCGCUCAGCGACACAUGCUUCUUCGUCCAAAUCUAUGCUUUUUGAGUCCAUUUGCUGGAACAUCGGACCGAAUCCCCUCCGAGUCCAACUUGAGCACUUCAGGGUACUCCUCCAUGGCGAGUCCCUGUCCUUCGCGCUGCCCUUCCGUGAGUCCCCUUUGCCCAUCCGAGGCAGAAGAUUACCACACCUGUUCCCAUCUCCACGGAGCCCAAAGAAGGGCUUCCUUGACCCCAGGAACCCCCAAGAAACUCUUAAUUGCUCCCCUACGUCGCAGCUCCUUUAACGCUCCUCACCACGCAACAUCUGGAUUACUAUGUGAUAACUCAAACAUGCUUUGCGAACACGAGGGGCCUGGUUUAGGAGAAAGACGAGGCGAGAUGGUGGUGGUUGAGGUAGAAACAGAUUCAGCCGUGGAGGUGGAAACUGAUGUCGAAAGCUGCGCCAUCAUCACCUUGUCAUCCGAAGUUGACAACCCAGCAAUGUCCAUGAACACAGAUCAGCAGCCUGGUAUCCUCUCGGAAGACAUGAAACGUAACGAUGAAAUGAACACAUUGCUUCAAGUUCCCAAAAAAGGAAUGCCAAAGAGUCGGAGUUUGGACAUUGGUGGAUCGAAUGCUUCCGCUGUUGAUCAGUAUUCACCCAGUGAUCCCAAUUCCAUUCCUGACGGACGGAAUUUGGAUAAGAAGGGACAGCUACUUCGAGGACUGGGGCCUAGCCUGGACUCCAAAUUGAACAACGUUGAUCGAGGCUUCUUGUCUACAACUGGAGUGACGAUAAUAUUUCCAUUGUCAAAUUCAAUCUCAAAUUUAUCCGGGAGAAAAAACUGUGGAAAUUUAAUAGAAAUUCCAGAAGAGAAGGAACGGCGACUUUCUCCGGCAAGCUCCAGAAGUGAAAGUCCUUUAAGUGAAUUGAGUGCUACGGGCGGUUUCAGCUUCCUCGGAUCUCCGCUAACAGAUUCUGACGGGGUUUACGAUUGUGGGAGCUCUGAGGUUCUGACGAAUAACAACGAGACGGAUACUCAAGCCAUCACCUCUGGGACAAGACUUGGCCUGAUUCCCUUAAGUCGCUCAAAUCCCCCAAGACGAUCCGCAGGAAAAAGGAAAGAGAGAAAACCGACGCGAGGGGGCAACAAUACUUUGCUAUCUGCAAACCCGGCCUCAUCCGCUGAUACGACCAGUGACAAAGGAGCAACCGGUGGUGAUUCCCAAGAUCCCAUCCUUUCGGGAGAUGGUGAACUCCAAGUUGAUUUUAGGCAAAUUUCGCAUCUCCACUUGCCACCCUAUUUGGCAAAAGCUCUCCCAUCUUCCUCAGUCUCGCCCAAAAGGGCAAGUCCGAAACGGAGAAUUAGGGCUCAGCCUAACAUGGAUAAUGCUAGCUCAAGCUCCUCAGAAAGUCUCGCGUCGAUAAGAUCACGACCAAGGAGUAGGACAAGUUGGAGCUCUGUGCAAAAUAGUCGCAACACGAGCAGAAACAACAGCCCCCUUCCCAUUUUCCAGGACCAGGAUUCAAAUCAGCCGAGCAGUCCGAGCGUAUUUCUUCCAUGCGCAGGAUCCUUGGAAGAAAGUAGUUCCAUUAAAUCGUCAAUGGACAAAGAAGAAUUGAAACCAGAGCCCAGAGCGUCCGCUUUAUCGCGAGGAGGUAGCAGCGAACUGACCAGCAGGACACUUACUCCUCCCAUCCGCAAGAUUUCAAGACUCCGAACAAUCAGCCAUCAAAUUCGAUUUCUGAGGAGGCUGGAAUUAAGUUUGAUUCGGAAAAAGGAAUGUUUGACCCACGUGAAAAAAAGUUCCGAUCGACGGACAAGUAUUCUCAGUCAUUCGGACUCUGAGAGCAGUCGAUGCGACAGCAGUGAAAGUUAUUCCUCGUCCUCCUCCACGUGUUCCUGUUCCUCCUGCUCAGAGUGCGGCGGUGGGCGUGGCAAAGGGGGACAAAACGAGGACGAGGAAGAUGACGAAGACGACGAUGACAGGACGAUGGGCGAGAAGAAGCCGCUGCUUUUGGCCCCGUCCUCCUCUGGUGGGGGGAGCAGUGGAAAGAAAAGACAGGGAAAAGUCACCCCUCUUAACUUUUUGGAAAAUAUCUCAGCUCAAGAUUUUCUCGAUUCUAGUAAAAAGCGAAUUCGGAAGUAUAAAUAAUGUGCGACAAAGAUAAUGUAAUUAUUUGUACUUCACUCGAUUGACCAAUGUACCUGAUAUGCAAUUUUUUACAAGACAGAUUAGUGUGCAUGCGUUUUGGGAUGUAUUACUUGACAGACAAAUUAGAGAUUUGAGAAUUUAUGACAACUGACACUAUCAAUUUACAGAAAACUAAUAAACUAAGUCGUGUAAAAUAAUAAUAUUUUCUUAAUAAACAGUUAAGGUGAUAUUUUAUUCUAUAAUUUAACUUUGUGAGAUUCCAAUGAUAUUUGUGAAAAUAUGAAUAUGAACGUGCACCAUUUAUGAUGACCCUUGAAAUAAAAUACAAACUCGAUGCACAAAAUA